ACACCUUGCCGGUGCACACACAGCAGACCCCCCUCAAGACCACCGGCAUUGAACUACGGCAAGAGCAUCCGCGAGAACAAGCGGUUCAUCCGAUCGAUUCAGCUGCUCAACGAUACCAUAGACAAGGGUGAUCUGGACUCUGCAUGGACAGCAUAUUCUCUGCUGGGUGUGCAGGACGUCAGAAAUGAAGUGCACAGGGUGAUUCCGCGGCAGAAGCUGGAAUUAAUAGCAGCGAAUACAAUGGAGGCGGCACGUACGGUGUAUCGGUGCGUAAAGCUGCUGGACUACCUUAUUGCGGUCAGCAAGUUGUUUAAGAGGCGGCGAAACAGCCUUGUGGUUCUACGGUUAGCACUGGGUCAGUGCAUAAGACGAUCGAUUGAGGAGCGGCUUUUGGACAGCCCGCGUAGCGCUGAGCAGAUCGUUCGCAUGUGGGAGGAAAUGACGACAAGGCUCACAUACUACAACAUACACUUGUUGAUUCUGGGCGCCUGGAAGGCGAACCGGCAUCCUCGUGUAUCAGCAACAACACUGUCGUUCUACACGCAAGAGUGUGCUCGUGACAUCGAUCCCGAGCGCGAGGCCUUGCGCAUGUUUGAGCGUGCCAUGGAUGAUCCGACAGCGCAAAAGACAGAAGCCAUAUACUACUAUAUCUUCCGCGCCAUGAGCACAGCGUUUGCCAAGAUCUGUACCUCGAUCUUCCAGAUGAUGGCAGACAAGCAUAUCAAUAUCGGUCUGCGCACGUAUCGCGAGCUGAUCAUAUGUAUGCUCCGGUUCAAGAUGACUGACAAGGCGCGGCGACUGUUUGAAUUCGCCAUUGAGAACCUGGACUCGACCAAGGUCGAUGCAAAAUCGCCGCAUGAGAUGCAGCUGUCGCUGAGGCACCAUCUCCGAACGAUGCCUGAUUUGAUGUUGGUGUUCCGCCAGUUCCCGCAUCAGGUGCUGGCUGACCAAUUUGGCAUCUUCAAGGGCGACCUCCAGGCGUUCUUGGAUCCACAGCCUAUGUUCGAAUACCUGCAAACGAUGCGGCGAGUGAGGAGGGCAGCGGAUUUCCUCGCCUGCAUCUUGACUGGAAAUCGACUCGGGGAUGGAGCAGGGCUUGCUCUGGUCGAGGCCCAGAUACGUGCGUUCUGCCAGUGGGCAGCGGGCGUCGACCGGCGCUGGCUGUACAACUACCGGAUCAUCUACCACCUGCUGCCAGGAGUGCAAUUUGUACGUGGGCUCGUCGAUAACUGUGCGACUUACCUGGGCUUGACGUUUCGGCAGUAUGUGCAGCACAAGGUGGCCCAGGAUGACAAGACCUUGCAAUAUGGCGCUAGGAAAGAACGGGCGAUGUGGCCGUCGUUUAUGUAUAUACAGUCAAAUGGGCCGAUGGCACAGCUCCAUCCGCUGGACACAUCCCACGGCGCUUAUUCGGGUGCUGUGCAGCACAGCCAUGCUACAAAAUCCAUAGACGACGCAAAGCAAAGCUGGAAGCAGCUAUUGGCGCUGAUGCAUGAUGGUGGUAGUGCCCGGCUAGCGAUGGAUAUGAACACAGUUGGGAUUCUCUCGCUGGUGGCUGUGCAGGCGCAGGACUGGGCGUUCGGGCAACAGAUCUGGGACGACGCCUUUGCCCUGCUCGACAGAGCUGCAGCAACCUUGUCUGGGCACAGCGUGCGCAGGUCCAUCAAGCGCACCAGCCCUGCACCGGCGGCACCCACACGGCACCUAUUCGAUGACUCGGCCCUGGCGCGUAUGUUCUCGGCUAUUGCUCGGCACAACAUCCCCGUGUCCUCGGGCCUACUAUGCCAAGGCAUCCGCUGCGCAUUCGAGGUCGGACGGAUUGAGAUCGCUGAUGUGCUCGAGCAGUGGCAGCUGCAGCGCGAGCGCUCUGGCGCAGCCAAUGAUGGCUAUUUACGCGAGUACUUUGGCACCUUCGCGCUACCCGAGAUUCCGGCCAGCCGGGCGUCGAUUCUGGGGCUGGUCCAAAGCUCCGCUCAAUGUCCGCAGCUGUCGCGGCUGGUCGCCGAGCAGAUGCAGGCGUGAGCGCUUUUUCAAAAGCCGCGUGGACGAUGAUUUUUAGGGAUUAAUUAUUGUAAUCAGAUGAGCUCC